AUGGCGGAGGCGGUGCACUACAUCCACCUCCAGAACUUCAGCCGUUCGCUGCUGGAGACCCUCAACGGGCAACGCUUGGGCGGCCAUUUCUGCGACGUGACGGUUCGCAUCCGCGAGGCCACCCUACGGGCCCACCGCUGCGUCCUGGCCGCCGGCAGCCCCUUCUUCCACGACAAGCUGCUCUUGGGUCACUCGGCCAUCGAGGUGCCACCCGUUGUCCCCAGCGGAGCCGUGCGGCAGCUGGUGGAGUUCAUGUACAGCGGUUGCUUGGUGGUGGCCCAGUCGGAAGCUCUGCAGAUCCUCACCGCCGCCUCCAUCCUCCAGAUCAAGACGGUCAUCGACGAGUGCACCCAGAUCAUCUCCCAGAGCCGCGGUCCCAAGGCGCUGCCCCCCGUCCGCCCGCCCCGCCCCGAGGCCGCCCCGGCACCCGCCGACCCCCGCCACAAGCCCCUGUCGGCGUUGGCACCGCCGGAGCCCGACGUCCGCUUCGGUCCGGCCGAGCCGGUGCCGAGCUGCCACAGCCGCAAGCAGCGCCAACCGCUGCGGCUCCAGCUGCCGGUCAAGGAGGAGGAAGAGGAGGAGGAAGCGGGGGGCGCUGCCGGCGGUGAGGAAGGCUUCGCCCCCCCGCCCUUCGCCGCUGAGGACCCCCCAUUUUUCGGCGCCCCCGAAGUCUUCGCCGACGCCUUCCUGCCCCCAUGGCCCGGCGAGGACGGGGCCAAGUUCGGGCCCGACUGCAGCUUGGAGGCGCCGGGCCGGGUGCCGGCGUUCGGGGCCAAGGUGGCGACGGGGGGCAAUGGUUUUGGCUUCGCACCACCACCACUCUACGAGGGGGGCGCAGAGGGGGGGCUGAGCGGGGGGGGCGUCCCCCCGGCCCCUGAGGCGCCCCAGCCCGGCCCCUCGCGCUGCCCCGAGCCCUCCUACCAGUGCGGCCACUGCCAGAAGACCUUCAGCUCCCGCAAGAACUACACCAAACACAUGUUCAUCCACUCCGGCGAGAAGCCCCACCAGUGCUCCAUCUGCUGGCGCUCCUUCUCACUCCGUGACUACCUGCUGAAGCACAUGGUGACCCACACGGGCGUCCGCGCCUUCCAGUGCGGCGUCUGCUGCAAACGCUUUACCCAGAAGAGCUCCCUCAACGUUCACAUGCGCACCCACCGCCCCGAGCGCUUCCAGUGCCGCCUCUGCACCAAGGGCUUCUCCCACCGCACCCUCCUCGAGCGCCACGCCGCUGCCACCCACCCCGUGCCACCGCCGGGGCCGCCGCCAGGGCCGCCACCAUCUGAAGCCGGGAUGGCGACGUGGCCAGGCACCGAGGCUGCGGGUGCUGGUCCCGCUCACACGGCAUGA